CACAUGCUCGAUCCACUUUGUUCAGCCGGUGCAUGUCCAAGGUGCUGUCUUGGGGGAAUCAAACUAACAACAAUACAAGUCUAACCGGGCUGGCUUGCAGCACUUACCACAUCACAUCCACUGACACAGCAGACAAUCAUCAAAGAUAAUCAUUGGAAAAGCAGAGGAACCAAACCUCACCUGGCUGCAUGCAGACCACUCACACCAGUUGGAGAAGCAGGUUGGGCACCAAAAUGGCACUUCUCCUGAGUCUUCUCUGCAUCUUGUGCCUGGUUGGCCCAGUUCUCGGCCAGGACAUGCCUUAUGAGGAAUAUAUGGCCCAGAUCCAAGCCUGCCCUAAAGAGUGUCGCUGCCCCCCCAGCUUCCCUCGUGCUGUUUACUGUGACAACAAAGGCCUGAAGAGCAUCCCCAAAAUCCCUCCAUACACAUGGUAUCUCUACCUGCAGAACAAUCUAAUUGAAGUGCUGUCAGCAGAUGCCCUGCGUAAUGCCACAUCACUGCGCUGGCUGAACAUAAACCGCAACAAAAUCACUAGUGAGGGAGUGGAAGAAGGUGUCCUAAGUGCAAUGUCUCAACUGGCGCACCUCUACAUGGAUGACAACCUCUUGUCUUCUGUGCCAUCUCCCCUGCCAGCCAGCCUGGAACAUCUACGUCUGUCUCGCAAUCGCAUAUCCAAGAUCCCUGCUGGUGUCUUCAUUGGUCUGGAUAAGCUUAACCUCUUGGACCUCCAAGGGAACAAGCUGAUGGAUGAUGCUGUAACUGAGGUGAGCCUAAAGGGUCUAAACAACCUGGUACAGAUCAACCUAGCCAAGAACCAGUUGAGUAGCAUGCCUCUUGGCUUACCACCCACCACCACCCAGCUUUUCCUUGAUGGCAACAACAUUGAGAAGAUCCCAGCGGGCUACUUCAAAGGUUUGCCAAAAAUGGCAUUUCUGAGGCUCAACCACAACAAGCUUGGUAGCAGUGGAGUUCCCAAAAAUGUAUUUAAUGUCUCCAGCAUGUUGGACUUGCAGCUGUCCCACAACCAGCUGACCGAAGUUCCCCUCAUUCCCUCAGGUCUUGAACACCUUCACCUGGACCACAACAAUAUCAAAAGUGUGAGUGGCUCCAAUGUAUGCCCUGUCGACAUCGACACUGUGGACGACUCCAUCAACGAAAGUGUUCCUAGACUGCGCUACCUCAGACUUGAUGGCAAUGAGAUUAAACCACCAAUUCCCAGGGAUGUCAUUCUGUGUUUCCGUCUCCUGAGGUCCAUUGUCAUCUAAAAAUAACUAUCAGCAUCUUGUAGGCUAAUUCUAAUUUCCCACAAAUUAUGACCUGGUAAUGUUGAAGCUGAUCUGAUCUGACACCUGUGCAUCCAUGCAACAAAAAUGGUGACAUGAGUAAUAUUUGCAUGUUCAACUCAAACAGUUGACUCUAGUUAGCAUCAACAUUUGUGCUGUGACUUAGGAAAAAGUUCAUUUCAGUUUCAUAAGUCAUUGAUUAUUCAGUGGAAUUUUAAUAAAAUCUAAAACAAUGUACAAAAUUGACAAGGAACUGAUUGGUUAGAAGUUUUAUUGGGGUUGUAAUCUGUUGACCACGAGUUGUGCCUUAUGUUGAUAUAAACAUCUGCAUGUACAAUGAAAAUCUGAUUAUAAUUUAGCAUGAUGGUGAUUUAGACAGAUAGGACAACAAUAUGUAUUUUUGGCAUGUGAAGCUCUUUGAGAACUCAUUGUCAUUAUGCUUCUUUGAGCAGGAGGCAAAGCCCAUGAAUGUUUAGGCAAAAUAUCACUUAAAUUUUUUUUUUUCUAUUGUUUUCAGGAAAACCUUUGCUUUAUAUUUGUAGACUUGAAGCCAAAUGAACGGUCUUGUGUUCUAGGUUUGUGGUCUUAUUUCCUUUUUUAACUCUAUAACUCUGUUCUACAACUAUGCAUAUUUACUGUAGGUAAUUUAUUUUUAUUUAAUAUUGGAGAAGAAUAAGUAGAAAUUUGACAGUCCUGUGAAUAUCCAUGGCCAAUAUUCCUUAAUGUUUUGUAUACAAAAGAAAUGUGAAAACUGUUUUUAAAAAAUGCCAAUACACUUUUUAAUUCUGGUCAUUAUUUUUCUGAAUAAACUGAGUAUUUUAUUUUAAUUGUCUUCAA